AUGGGCCGUCCUCGAUUGCACAAAACUCAAGAAGAGAGUACUGAAGCUGCACGCAUUUCCAGACGGAAAUACUAUCAGAGGAAUAAGGAACGAUGUAAUGCUGCUAAGCAGAGUUUACGCAAUUCACUCAAGAAGAGCAACACAGAUGAAGUAGUCAUGGGCCGUCCUCAAUUGCAUAAAACUCAAGAAGAGCGUACUGAAGCUGCACGCGCAUCCAGACGGCAAUACUAUCACAGGAAUAAGGAACGAAUUAUUGGUGCUAAGCAGAGUAUCCAGUCUGAACCUGUCCAGCUAGCCAAUGGUGCAGCUAUAAUUGGUGUCGAAGAUGUCGAGUCCAAGCUCAGGGCAUGCAUUCAGCUGGACAAACUGUCCGAUGAAUUGGUGAAUAACUUUGAACAUGGCCGACAAGCGGUUUUGGAUACCCUGUCUGAACGGCUUGAGACAUUGGGCCACAUUGAAGAGUAUCUAUGUUACACAACCUCAGUUCAUCACGAUCGCAUUGAUGGCUUCGUGUGCCGGUGUACACUCAUUGUUGCGGCUACUGAAGAACUAUGGUGCUAUGCAGCUUUCUAUAGUAUGAUCACAUGA